UCGACAGGAGAUAGUCGAUGGCGUGCUUUCUACCCCGACUCCACAAUUCCCCAAAACGGAAAUCCAAGAGUGACGAUUCGCCUAAGAGUACUGUGCUAUUGUCGGGAAGUCGUUUGUGAUGAAGAGAUACAUAUAAGCUAAGUCAAGUGACACAUAUCUUUGUAGUAAGUCCUAUAGGCUUGUGAACUCAAAUACUUCCUGUUUUCUCUCUAUUUGGGUAUCGCCCGACGUCGUGAUAUCUUGUCAUUCUCACUUAUCUGAUUCUCACCUUUCUCUUAUACCCGAGAAGACUUAAUAUCUGAAAUUAGUCACAAUGGCAGAGGAAUUAAGUAAAAACUUUGAGACACUUCAGCUCCAUGCGGGCGCCCAGAUAGAUCCAGCUACGAAUGCUCGCGCUGUUCCCAUCUACGCGACUACUAGCUUCGCCUUCAAUGACUCGGCACAUGGCGCAAGGCUGUUCGCCCUUAAGGAGUUCGGCAACAUCUACAGUCGUCUUAUGAACCCUACUGUCGAUGUCUUUGAGAAGCGAGUUGCUGCCUUAGAAGGUGGUGUGGCGGCAGUUGGUGCCUCAUCCGGCCAGUCGGCUCAAUUCAUGACUUUCGCUGCUCUCGCGCACUCUGGUGACAACAUUGUCUCAACUACCAACUUAUAUGGUGGCACGUACAAUCAGCUCAAGGUUUUCCUGCCACGACUCGGAAUCAAGACAAAAUUCAUCGAGGGUGAUAAGCCCGAGGACAUUGCCGCGGCUAUCGACGACAAGACGAAGGCCGUAUAUCUUGAGAGCAUUGGUAACCCUCGGUACAAUGUGCCAGACUUCGAGGCCAUUGCGAAAGUUGCUCAUGAGAAGGGUGUCCCCGUCGUUGUCGACAAUACUUUUGGAGCUGGAGGCUACUUCGUAAGGCCCAUUGAGCAUGGUGCAGAUAUUGUUGUCCACUCGGCUACGAAGUGGAUUGGAGGUCACGGAACGACAAUUGGUGGCGUCGUAGUCGACAGUGGAAAGUUUGACUGGGGCAAGAAUGGAGCCCGAUUCCCCCAAUUUGUUGAGCCGUCUGAGGGUUACCAUGGUCUUAAAUUCUGGGAGACCUUUGGCCCUAUCUCUUUCGCCAUUCGCGUGAGAGUUGAGAUUCUACGUGAUCUAGGUUCUUGUCUUAACCCAUUUGGAGCACAACAACUCCUUCUUGGCCUCGAGACACUGAGUUUGAGAGCUGAAAGACAUGCGCAAAAUGCAAUUGCGCUUGCGAAGUACCUUGAAUCCAGCCCCUACGUAAGCUGGGUAUCGUACCCGGGAUUGGCCAACCACCCCAGCCACGAACUCGCUAAGAAGUAUUUGAAGAGGGGUUUUGGUGGCGUUCUGAGUUUCGGAGUUAAGGGUGGUGGUGCUGCCGGUAGCCAGAUCGUCGAUGGGUUCAAGCUGAUCUCCAACUUGGCCAACGUUGGCGAUUCAAAGACGCUGGCUAUUCAUCCCUGGACCACAACACAUGAGCAGUUGUCAGAUGAAGAGAAGAUUGCCUCAGGUACGACUGAGGAUUUGAUCCGUAUCUCAGUCGGUACGGAACACAUUGACGACAUCAUUGCCGAUUUUGAACAAUCGUUCAAGAACGCGUCUGCUGCGACCACAAAGGGAGCAGAGGGAGGUUCGGGAGCGGAAGCCAAGAAGGAUGAAGCACCAACAGUCGUAUAAGGAACCUGCAAGCACAUUUUUGAAUAAUUAUACCCAUUCAAGUAGUAAAGAAUCAUAUCACAUUUGUGAGAUAAGGGGAAAUUUUAUGAGCACCCAAACUUGACAUGUUAUUAGAAUGCGGAAUAGCCAUGAAGCACUAGUCAAAUGAGACGCAUAGUUUUAGCGAUAAAAAGUUGCGAAGUUUAUAGAAGACGGAGAGAUGGGAUGGUAUGUUAAAUUUGGCUCUGCUUUCCAGU